AUGCGCAGUCUAUUCUACGUUGCUCUUGGCUUUGCGGCUUUAGCUUGCAGCACCGUCGUCGCAGAGCCCUCGAAUCCUGACGACUCUCCGCUCUUGUCGAAGGUAUCUCCUGAUUCUGCGGCCAAAAGAUCCCUUCGGUUUGCAGGCCAACAAGUUGUCCAGAGCGGCAGGGGGAACGGGAACGGUGGGGUAUGGAAAGCCCCCGUUGCGAGUAUUAACAAGAUCAUCAACAGACCGGAUAUCGAUGUGAAACGAUACAUCGAGGCGGCCAAGAAGGCGGCCGGAAAGUAG